AUGGCAUACGCUAAAUCUCGCAGUCCGACAGCAAGCCGUGCAUAUGGACCAGGAUUCGCUGAGACCAAGGCCUUGACAACACUAAAAAGCAAGAUGAUACCAGCCUUGCCUCAGCCGAAGAUCCAUGUUGGAAUCAUUUCGACUUUCUUCCUACACCUUCCCGAGCAGUUCUGGCUAUAA